UCAGAAAUCAGAGGCGCACGCGACAGCAUCUCCGCGCGCUCUGCACCAGACCGCUGCUGUCAAACGGCAUCAUUUUUGGAUCUAUUUCUUGAAUGAUAGUUAUUUUUUCUCUACCAUUGGAAGAAAGGGAACGUUGGAUCUAUGCUAACCAUACGUGGAAUUAUACGAGGUCUGUAAAGCAGAAGAGAAGGAAUGCAUCAUUUCUUUGUGAAACUAACUUUGUUUUUGUCAUCGAUCGCUUUAACACAAGGUAUAAGAUGCGCGCUGCCCGCUGAAUCAUGCAUGAACGGUGGGAGGUGUGAAGCUUCCCGAGACGGAGACGGAGAAUGCAAGUGCCCGGAUAACUUUGUCGGAAGCCGAUGUCAGUUCCCCAACCCCUGUGCCACGACCAAGUGCGCCAAUGGCGGGACGUGCGUUGUGGAUGUCCGAGGCGACGCGGCAGACUCUAAAUGCUUGUGUCCGCCAGGCUUCAUGGACGACGUGUGUCUGAUUCCGACCAAUCACGCGUGCAUGAACAGCCCCUGUAGGAAUGGCGGCACCUGUGAACUGCUCACCGGGAACGAGCACCGCUGCCGCUGCCCGCCGGGCUGGUCUGGCAAAACCUGUCAGCAGGCUGACCCCUGCGCUUCGAACCCAUGUGCCAAUGGUGGCCAGUGCAGCCCCUUCGAGUCACACUACAUCUGCACAUGCGCACCCACCUUCCACGGCCAGACCUGCAAGGUGGACGUCAACGAGUGUGCCCAGAGCCCCUCCCUCUGCAAGAAUGGCGGCACCUGCGUCAACGAGGUCGGCUCGUACCGUUGCGAAUGCCCCCGGGAGUACGCCGGCAAGCACUGUGAGGCACUCUACAGGCCGUGCAGCCCCUCCCCCUGCCAGAACGGGGGUACCUGCAUGCAGAGGGGGAACACCACCUACGAGUGCACCUGUCUGCCAGGCUUCAGUGGGCAGCACUGUGAACAGAACAUCGAUGACUGCGUUGACCACCGUUGUCAAAAUGGAGGAGCAUGUGUGGAUGGAGUUAACACAUACAACUGCCAAUGUCGGCCCCACUGGACAGGUCAGUUCUGCACGGAGGAUGUGGACGAGUGCCAGAUGAUGCCUAACUUGUGCCAGAACGGCGGCACCUGCCACAACACGCACGGCGGCUACCACUGCGUCUGUGUCAAUGGCUGGAUGGGCGAUGACUGCAGUGAGAACAUUGAUGAUUGUGCCAAUGCUGCCUGCCAUAAUGGUGCCACCUGCCAUGACCGCGUGGCCUCCUUCUUCUGCGAGUGUCCCCACGGCCGCACUGGCCUGCUGUGUCACCUAGAUGAUGCCUGCAUCAGUAACCCAUGCCAGAAGGGCUCCAACUGUGAUACCAACCCCGUCAACGGCAAGGCCAUCUGUACCUGCCCACCUGGAUAUACCGGGUCUGCCUGCAAUCAGGAUAUCGAUGAGUGCUUCCUUGGUGCUAACCCCUGUGAGCACGGGGGCAGCUGCAUGAACACUUUGGGCUCCUUCCAGUGCAGCUGCCUGCAGGGAUUCUCUGGACCGCGCUGCGAGAUCGACAUCAACGAGUGCAUGUCCAACCCCUGCAAGAACGAUGCCACCUGCCUGGACCGCAUCGGGGGCUUCCACUGCAUCUGCAUGCCUGGGUACAGUGGGCCGUCCUGCGAGGUCAACGUGGACGAGUGUGCCAGCGGCCCAUGUCUGAACAACGGGAAGUGUGUCGACAGGAUCAACGCUUUCCACUGCGAGUGCCCAGCCGGGUUCACUGGGAACCUCUGUCAGAGGGACAUCGACGAGUGCGCCAGCACGCCCUGUCUGAACGGGGCCAAGUGUGUCGACGGGCCCAAUAAGUAUACCUGCGAGUGUACAGAAGGCUAUAUGGGAACACACUGCGAGAACGACGUCGACGAGUGUGCCUCGAACCCCUGCCACUAUGGCACCUGUGUGGACGGCCUGGCCACGUUUGACUGCCUCUGCAUGGCUGGCUACACGGGCCGUCUGUGCCAGACCAACAUCAACGAGUGCCUGAGCCAGCCGUGCCAGAACGGGGGCACCUGCUUGGACCGGGAGAACUACUACUUCUGUGCCUGCCCCAAGGGGACCACAGGGCCCAACUGCGAGAUCAACCUGGACGACUGCCAGAGUAAGUCCUGUGACUAUGGCAAGUGCAUCGACAAGAUCGACAGCUAUGAGUGCGCCUGCGAGGCGGGUUACACCGGGACCAUGUGCAACAUCAACAUUGAUGAAUGUACACCCAACCCGUGUCACAAUGGCGGCAUCUGCAAGGACGGCAUCAACAACUUCACCUGCAUCUGUCCGGAGGGGUACCACGAUGCCACUUGCCUCUCGCAGGUCAACGAGUGCAACAGCGACCCUUGCAUCCACGGGCAUUGUGAAGAUAAAGUCAACGGCUACACGUGCAUCUGUGAUCCCGGCUGGAGUGGCAUGAACUGCGACAUCAACAACAACGAAUGCGAGUCGAACCCCUGCAUGAACGGAGGCACAUGCAAGGACAUGACCAGCGGCUACGUGUGCACCUGCCAGGCCGGCUUCAGCGGUCCUAACUGCCAAACUAACAUCAAUGAGUGUGCCUCUAAUCCCUGCUUGAACCAAGGGACCUGCAUUGAUGACGUCGCUGGGUACAAGUGCAACUGCUUGCUGCCUUACACCGGGGAGACCUGCGAGGUUCUGUUAGCGCCGUGCAGCUCCAGACCCUGUAAGAACAGGGGCGUGUGUCACGAGUCCGAGGAUUACGAGAGCUUCUACUGCACAUGCCCCUCAGGCUGGCAAGGCCAGACCUGCGAGAUCGAUAUCAAUGAGUGUGUGAAGAGCCCCUGUGACAAUGGCGCCACCUGCCAGAACACCAUCGGUGGAUACCAGUGCACAUGCAGGCCGGGCUUCUCCGGGCAGAACUGUGAAACCGACUUAGAUGACUGCAAGCCGAACCCCUGCAGCAAUGGCGGCUUCUGCCAGGACGAGGUGGACGGCUUCACCUGCACCUGCCUGCCCGGCUUCCGAGGCCCCAAGUGCGAGGAGGACAUCAACGAGUGCGACAGCAACCCCUGCAAGAACGGCGCCAACUGCACCGACUGCGUCAACAGCUACACCUGCACAUGCCUACCGGGCUUCAGCGGCAUCCACUGUGACAACAACACCCCCGACUGCACGGAGAGCUCCUGCUUUAACGGGGGCACUUGUGUGGACGGCAUAAACGCCUUUACCUGUGCCUGCCCAUCCGGCUUCACGGGCAUCUACUGUCAGUACGACAUCAACGAGUGCAACUCCAGGCCCUGUCUGAACGGCGGCACCUGCCAGGACAGCUACGGGACCUACAAGUGCACCUGUCCGCAGGGUUACACGGGACUGAACUGCCAGAACUUGGUGCGCUGGUGUGACUCUUCGCCUUGUAAGAAUGGAGGGACCUGCUGGCAGAAGGGCACCUCCUACAGCUGUGGGUGCCAGAGCGGCUGGACAGGCCUCUACUGCGAUGUGCCCAGCGUCUCCUGCGAGGUGGCUGCCAAGCGGCAAGGUGUGGACGUGGCCCGCCUGUGCCGAAACUCAGGCCAGUGCCUGGAUGCGGGUAACACGCAUUACUGCCACUGCCAGGCCGGCUACACGGGGAGUUACUGCGAGGAGCAGGUGGACGAGUGCUCGCCAAACCCCUGUCAGAAUGGAGCCACUUGCACCGACUACCUGGGAGGGUAUACCUGUGAGUGUGUGCCCGGUUACCAUGGCGUUAACUGCUCCAUCGAAACCAACGAGUGCCUCUCACAGCCUUGCCAACACAGGGGCACCUGUAUCGACCUGAUCAAUACCUACAAGUGCUCCUGCCCCCGGGGAACACAAGGUGUCCACUGCGAGAUCAACGUGGACGACUGCACGCCCUUCAUUCACCCAGUCACGCAGGAGCCCAAGUGCUUCAACAACGGCCAGUGCGUGGAUGGUGUGGGCGGGUACCACUGUGUGUGCCCACCGGGCUACGUGGGCGAGCGCUGCGAGGGCGAUGUCAACGAGUGCCUGUCAGAUCCGUGCGACCCGCGCGGCACCUACAGCUGCGUACAGCUGGCCAACAGCUACCGCUGCGAGUGCCACACCGGCUACACAGGUCAGCGUUGUGACAAGGUUUUCGACGGCUGCAAGGGGAUGCCUUGUCGCAAUGGAGGCACCUGUGCCGUGGCCAGCAACACCCCCAAUGGCUUCAUCUGCAAGUGUCCGCCGGGAUACAUGGGAUCCACCUGCGAGUACGACGCCCAUUCCUGCGGCAGCCUGCACUGCCGCAAUGGGGGUACCUGCAUCUCAGGCCAGAAGAGCCCGCGCUGCUUGUGCCCGGUGGCAUAUACUGGCCCUGAGUGCCAGUACCCGGUGUACACCCCCUGCAACUCGGGCCCCUGCUACAACGGCGGUACGUGCCAGUACACUGCAGAAGCGCCCCACUUCCGCUGCGUCUGUCCCACCAACUUCAACGGGCUCCUCUGCCACAUCCUGGACUACACGUUCCGGGGCGGCCCGGGCAGCGAUAUCACGCCUAAGGUGGCACCUGAGGUGCAGGAGAGCUGCAAGGUGGCGCAGUGCGAGGGCCGACAAGGCAACAAGGUCUGCGACAGCCUGUGCAACAACCAUGCGUGUGGCUGGGACGGCGGCGACUGCUCGCUCAACUUUGACGACCCCUGGAAGAACUGCUCAGCCGCGCUGCAGUGCUGGCGGUAUUUCAACGACAGCAAGUGCGACAAACAGUGCGACAACCCCGGCUGCCUCUACGACGGCUUUGACUGCCAUGACCAGGAGGGCCAGUGCAACCCCCUGUAUGACCAGUACUGCAAAGACCACUACGCAGAUGGCCACUGCGACCAGGGCUGCAACAACGGCGAGUGCGAGUGGGACGGUCUGGACUGCGCGAGCGACCUCCCCGAGCGCCUGGCAGUCGGCCACCUGGUGCUGGUGGUGCACAUCUCGCCUGAGCAGCUGAAGAGCAACCUGUCGACGUUCCUGCGCGAGCUCAGCCGCGUCAUCCACACCAACGUGGUGUUCCGGCGCGAUGCCGACGGCCAGCCCAUGAUCUACCCAUACUACGGCAGCGAGCAGGAGCUGCGCAAGCAUCGUAUGAAGCGCUCGGCAGACCCCGCCGGCUGGGCCCAACUCCCCGGCGACAUCCUCGACAGGGUGCAGACGGCCGUGUAUGCCGGUGUGCGCCGCCGCCGGGAGCUGGACCCCACGCAGGUCAAGGGCUCUGUGGUCUACCUGGAGAUUGACAACCGUCAGUGUAUCCAGCAGUCCAAAGACUGCUUCGAGAGCGCAACGGACGUGGCGGCCUUCCUGGGCGCUCUGGCGUCCAGCGGAAACCUCAACGUGCCCUACUUCAUCGAGGCUGUCUCCAGUGAGAACGACAGCCAGCCGCCCAGCGAACUCUAUCUCAUCUACCUGGCGGUGGCAGCGCUGGUGCUGCUGGCUGUCGCCGCUGCUGGGGUGGUGGCGUCCCGGAAACGCCGCCGUGAGCACGGACAGCUCUGGUUCCCCGAGGGCUUCAAGGUUGGUGAGCCGGGCAAGAAGAAGCGGAGGGAGCCAGUCGGGGAAGAUUCCGUGGGGCUGAAGCCGCUGAAGAACUCCUCGGACAUGUCCCUGAUGGACGACAACCAGAACGAGUGGGGAGAGGUGGAGCCGUCCAGCAUCAAGCGCUUCAGGUUCGAGGAGCAGGUGAUACUGGACCAGGACGAUCAGAUGGACCAUCGGCAGUGGACCCAGCAGCACUUGGAUGCGGCUGACCUCCGCAUCUCCUCCAUGGCCCCCACACCCCCGCAGGGCGAGAUCGAUAACGACUGCAUGGACGUUAAUGUCCGUGGCCCAGACGGCUUCACCCCGCUGAUGAUCGCGUCCUGCAGUGGCGGGGGCCUGGAGACAGCCAACAGCGAGGAGGACGAGGACGCCUCGGCCAGCGUGAUCUCCGACUUCAUCUACCAGGGAGCCAACCUGCACAACCAGACGGACCGCACUGGCGAGACCGCCCUGCACCUGGCCGCCCGCUACGCCCGUUCCGAUGCGGCCAAGCGGCUGCUGGAGUCCAGUGCGGACGCCAACGUCCAGGACAACAUGGGGCGCACACCACUGCAUGCCGCUGUGGCCGCUGACGCCCAGGGAGUCUUCCAGAUCCUGAUCCGGAACCGGGCUACGGACCUGGAUGCCCGCAUGCACGACGGCACCACACCGCUCAUUCUGGCGUCCCGGCUGGCGGUGGAGGGCAUGGUGGAGGAGCUCAUCAACUGCCACGCCGAUGUCAACGCCGUCGAUGACUUCGGGAAGUCUGCACUCCACUGGGCAGCCGCCGUGAACAACCUGGAUGCGGCCAUAGUGCUGCUGAAGAACGGGGCCAACAAAGACAUGCAGAACAACAAGGAGGAGACGCCACUGUUCCUCGCUGCCAGAGAAGGCAGCUAUGAGACGGCCAAGGUCCUGCUGGAUCACUUCGCCAACCGUGAGAUCACGGACCACAUGGACCGGCUGCCGCGGGACAUCGCGCAGGAGCGCAUGCACCACGACAUCGUGCGCCUCCUCGACGAGUACAACCUGGUGCGCAGUCCCACCGUGCACAACGGGCAUGUGGGUGCCACCCUCUCGCCGCCGCUCUGCUCCCCCGGCAGCUACCUCAUUGGCGGCAAGACCCCCGUCCAGGGCAAGAAGGUCCGCAAGCCGGGGGCCAAGGCUGUCAGCUGCAAGGACGGCAAGGACUCGAAGGCGCGCAGGAAGAAGGCGACGGACUGCAAGGGCGGUCUGCUGGACGGCUCGGCCGCGCUCUCCCCCGUGGACUCGCUGGAGUCGCCACACGGCUACCUGUCCGACGUGUCCUCACCGGCCAUGAUGGCCUCGCCGUUCCAGUCGUCUCCUUCGGUGCCGCUUAGCCACAUGCAGGGCCUCCCUGAAGCCCACAUGACCGUCGGGCACCUGGCGCUGGCGUCCAAGCAGGACCUGGGCCGGGCGCCUUUUGACCCGGUGCCCAUGCGCCUCUCCCACCUGCCCGUGCCCAGCGCCAGCACCUCUGGCCCCAUGGGACCGCCGAUGGGCACCGGCGGCACCGUGGGCGCCGAUUGGGUCUCCUGCCCACACCCUGGCACGGCCCAGCAAGGCCAGUUCAACCCCAUGAGGAACGCCACAAGUCAAGUGGCCCUACACCAAGCCAGCCCCACCAUGCAGCACGGCAUGAUGGUGCCCCUGCACAUAGCCUCCACCCUCUCCCAGAUGAUGAGCUACCAGGGCGUGCCGGGAGGGGCCCACCUCACCACACAGCCGCAUCUCAUGCAGCAAAUGCAGCACCAGCAAAACGUGCAGCAGCCCCCCAGCAUCCAGCUGCAGCACCAGAACUCCAGCACUGCCACCCUCAACCAGAAUUUCAUCAGCGGCGACUUGAGCCAGUCGGACUUGCAGCCUGGACUGGGGGGCACCAUGUCCAUGCAUACCAUCCUGCCACAGGAGACCCAAAUCAUACCCCCCUCACUCAACCAGGCUGUGCCCAGCACCCAGUUCCUCACCCCGCCCUCUCAGCAUAGCUACUCUACCCCCAUGGACAACACCCCCAAUCAUCAGCUGCAGGUGCCUGACCACCCCUUUCUGACCCCCUCCCCUGGAUCCCCAGACCAAUGGUCGAGUUCCUCCCCACAUUCCAAUAUGUCCGAUUGGUCAGAGGGCAUCUCCAGUCCUCCAACCAGCAUGCAGCCACAGAUAGGACAUAUUCCAGAUCAGUUCAAGUAAGGAGACCAUGUACUUCCUUAGUCAAGAUGGACAGCUCAUGUUAAAAUCAUUCAAAAGCACUCCUUUCAAAACAAUCUAAUAGAUAAACGAAAAAUAAGAUUUUUUUAUAGCGAAGAGGGAAUAAAUUGGACUAAAGCAACCCCUUUUAUAUGAUUUUAUACUAAUAUCAAUAAUUAUGUUGCAUUCAUUUUAUAUUUAUUUAUGUACUUUAUGUUGGAAAAUGACACAAGGUCUUAUUUAUGUUUUAUUGUGUUUUCUGGUAAAGGAAUCUUUGGGGCCAAAGAGGUCAGAGGUCAGAGGUCAGGCCUGAGACCAGGAGGGGCGAUGAUGCUUUUUAAAGAAAAAUACGGAAACGUUUUGUAUGAUCGUGCUUUUCUCUGCAACAUAAUAGAGAUUAACAUUAACACUGGUAUUUAUUGGCAUCUUAAAUUGUUACUGUGAUUGGAUAAAACACAGAUAUUUCCUCUCCUUCUCCUGUUUGUUAACUGUGUGAUACUUUACAAAUUUAUGUAAAAAAUGUACUAUGAAUACUUUUUGUUUUUUUUUUUUUUGUAUUUUUACGAAUGUUUUAUAUUGUUUUGUGUUUCAGUAUUAACGCGAUUUAUAUUAGCCUUUUAACAGAAAGUAGACCAGACUUGCUUUGUUUCUCAGAACCAGAUCACAUAAGCUGUGGUUGUAUUACUGAUGCUUGCAUUAAAGUUAUCCGCGUAGGCGAGAAGUUAACAGCUGUCUUCACUGUACACAGGUAUAAUCAAUCACUCACCGUUAGCCAGAAGUACAUCUGUAGAUCUAGGGGAAGACACAUUCGGUGGUCAGUAUAUCUUUGGCCAGUAGGUGGGGCUGUAUUUGUGACUGGUUGCAGCCCUGGUGUGAAUGGGGGGGAAAAAACGCUCUUUAAUAAAGAGGCUGAUGAACAAUAAAUGAAUACAGAUGCUAGUUGCUUUGACUUUCUGAAACCUGGCAAAUUUUGUCACGCCUUCACAGGUGUCAGUCACUUGUGCGCUUCGAAUGAAUGGAUCUGUAACCGUUUCAUUGAUGUGUAAAUAACGUUAAAACGAGAUUUUGUUUCAGAAAUCUUUGUCUUAUAUGUGUUGUGUCAAUGUGAAGUGUCAGUAUAAGAAGUUUUUUUUUUUUCUUACACGGAAACAUUGUAUGUUACUCAGUGGUACUGAGUUAAAUAUAAAUAUAUAACUAUACAACACAGGGGUGUGUGAAACUCCUAUAGUUAAAGAAUAACAGAAAUUCUGUGGCUAUAUAAAUCAGAAUGUAGUGAUUUGCUUUGUAAGAUACUCUGAGUAUCCUUGGGGGGGGGAGGGGGGGGGGGGUGGCGCAGAAAUAAUGUAUGAAUGUGGCAUCAUUUGGAAGCAGGACAGAAUGUUGUCAGGUGUGGGGCACUAACCAUCACACUGUAUUAAAUAGGCCAUGGAACAUGUAAUAUGAGUGAUUUAAAAACAGUGACUUACCUGCAAAGUUGUAGUUUGCGGAAAGGAAAUAAAUAAAAUGUCAACUUCUUUGUAAAGUCUUUCGCAAUACAAUAAAGGCACCAUUUUGGAUCAAGA